AUGGGGGCUUCUCUUUCGACUCCUCCGCAGGGUCUGAUUGGAGGAUACCAAGGUGAUAGUAUUGUUAUCAAAAUCUUGAUUGUGGUUUUCUGCUCUAUUGCGUUAUACAAUGCGAUUGAGCUUGUUAUUCUUAUUUUCCUCACCUUCAGCCGCUAUAGAGGCCUCUAUUUCUGGUCCAUGUUACUCUCCAGUAUCCUUGGAGUCAUCCCUCACUCUGUCGGCUACCUGCUAGAAUUUUUCGCCAUAGGGCCUGCUUGGUUAGGCAUCACCUUAUCCACGAUUGGUUUCUAUUUCAUGGUUCCUGGUCAGUCCAUCGUCUUAUACUCUCGACUUCACCUGAUUACUCAGAAUUCACGACUGUUGCACCGCGUCCUCUACCUUAUUAUCUUCGAUACCAUCGUUCUGCUUAUUCCGACAACUGUACUUACCUACUCUACUGUCUAUGUUCGGACCGAUCCCGUAACUCGAGGCUACAACGUUAUGGAAAGAAUGCAGGUAGCUUGGUUUUGUGCACAGGAGAUGUUGAUAUCUGGGAUUUACAUUUGGGAGACCGCCAAACUCCUGCGGCUCAGACCCGAAAAAGCUCUUGAACGCAACAAGACAAUGUAUGAGCUAAUAACUAUCAAUGUCAUAAUCAUACUCUUGGACGUGGCACUUCUGGUGUUAGAGUAUGUUGGUCUCUAUUCUUUGCAGACUACUCUCAAGGCCGCAGUGUACAGUGUCAAGUUGAAGCUAGAAUUUGGCGUUCUGAGGAAGCUUGUCUCUCUUGUUAACACCCAUCCUGCGGAUUCCACCUCUACUGAGAAUGAGGAUUUCCCAAAUUUCGUCAACCCGGAGCAAUUAACUGGGGAUGUUACACAUGCAGCCCCUGCUCCCGUGAGAAGCCAUCCCCGAUAUCCAUGGGGUGCAAUUUCCGUGGACAGUCUUGCUUCGUCUGACCAAAGGCGGCCCCGGUCUCUUUCCGGAUCUCAGGCUCCUUGA